UCAACGCUUUUACAUCGGGUACUGUGGGCAUCCGCUACCGGCGUAGAUUUGUGCUGUGCUUUGGUAAUUGUUUAUGUGAAAUUGAAACGAAAAUUGCGUGUAUUGAAUUGUGAAUUGUGAAUUGUUAUUUGUGGUCAAUGCACCGUCAUAAUAUAAAAGUGUGGACAGAUAGGUUGCUGUGAGGGAUUGCCACACGACAUUUCGACCCAUCACCGGUGGCAGACACCAAAGUAAACCAUGUCUGAUAAUGUAAAGGUUUCGAUCAAGGUACGACCGCUCAUCAAAAGGGAGCGGGAAAACAAACUUGUAUCACAAUGGCGCAUCCGGGAUAAUAUCAUCGCAACGAUCGAUGGCAAUGGCGAUCCGUUUGUAUUCGAUCAUAUUUUCGAUGAAACGGUCCCCACCCGCCAGCUUUUCGACACCGUGUGCCGGCCCGUUAUACUGUCCGCGCUGAACGGUAUCAACGGGACGAUAUUUGCGUACGGUCAAACAUCGUCCGGCAAAACGUACACCAUGAUCGGGAACGAUCGGGAACCGGGUGUGGUGCCGCUGACGGCGCGGGAAAUUUUCGAGCAGAUCAAAAAGAUCAAGGAGCGCCAGUUUCUGAUCCGCGUCGGGUUUAUCGAGAUUUACAACGAGAAGAUACACGAUCUGCUCAACACGGCCAACACGAACCUGAAGAUAGUGGAAAACCAGUGCGGCGACGUGUCGGUCAACUCGAAGGAAUGCAUCACGAACUGUGCGGAGCAGAUCAUCCAGCACGUGGACGACGGCAACAAGGCGCGCAAGAUCGGCGAAACGAACAUGAACGAACGGUCCAGCCGAUCGCACACCAUCUUCCGCAUUACGAUCGAAUCGCGUGUCAUCGGGCCGGCCAACGGCGUUGACGGCGGCACGGACAAUGACGCGGUUCAGAUCGGCAUCUUGAAUUUGGUCGAUUUGGCCGGCAGCGAGCGGGCGGAUCAAACCGGCGCGACAGGCUCACGGUUUAAGGAGGGCGUGUGCAUCAACAAAAGCCUCCUGUCGCUCAGCUGCGUGAUACAGAAGCUGAGCGAAAACUCGGACAAACAGUUCAUCAACUAUCGCGACUCGAAGCUGACGCGAAUACUGCAAGCGUCGCUCGGUGGCAAUGCGGUCACGUCGAUGAUCUGCAACAUAACGCCCGCCGUGGUGGACGAAACGUACUACACGCUGAGCUUUGCGAUGCGCGCCAAAAACAUCCGCAACAAGCCGAAAGUGAACGAGAUCCUGACCGACGCCGCCAUGAUGAAGCGGCUCGAGCGGGAAAUCAAGCGCCUCCAGAGUGAGCUCCGCUCGGAGCAGAACAAAAACAGCAAAAUCAAAACGAUGGAGCUGCAAAACGCGAUCACGCUGCGCACGAAUCAGUUCAUCAACUCGAACCAGGCGCAGCAGUCGCUGGCGGACAAUGCUCGGCGCCGCACCUGGUGCCCAUCGACGACAGAGAUACCACGGCUAGCCCCUGGUCACCGUCCAACGCCGGAUUUGAUGGGCGAAGGCGGUCGAACGCUGAUGGGACCGCCUCCUGCGGUGACGAACGGUGGCCAGUAUCUCGUGACCAUGAACGGGGCGACACCCCAGAUAGCGAUCCGUUCGAUGUCGGCCGACGAGGACUACGUGGCGGCGACGUCGGGCGAUAUUCGUGCGAGCGAUGGGUUUGCCGCCACGCUCGCCCUCAUCGGGGAGGACGAGCCGAACAUUCAGUACCGCGAACUGCUGGACCAUCAGGAUCUGCUGGCACGGCGGGUACGCUCGACCUCGCCGAACGGUUUGCUCAAUCCGUUCUCGUCCUAUGGCGAUGAGUUUGUGCCGGGCGAGCAGAUUAGCUUCGGGUCCGCAUCCGUAUCGCCCCUGUCGACGAUGGAGCGGGAUCUUCACACGCCGAAAAGCUUGCGGAGAACGCGCCGCUCAUCGACCGGUGAUUCACCGCCACAGUUUAACUUCGAGCAGCGGUGCCGGGAGCUGGAACAGGAACUGCUCGAGCUUCAGGAGUUUACCAAGCUAGAAAACUCGGUCGAAACGCAACACCUGAAGAAGGAGCUUGACAAGCGCACGGGUGAGCUGUCGGAACUGAAACACGAUCUCGAAAAGAAGGAGCAGCGGUUGGAACAGCUGGAGGAACGAUGCGCCCAGCUAGAGAUUGAACUGAAGGGCCAAAUGGCAACGGUGAGCAAGGCGGAAAACGAUCUCGCCCUGGCGGCCAAGGAGCGCCAGGCGGCCGUACGGGAGGCGGAACUGCACCGGAACCAGCACACCGGCAUCGAGUUCGAGUUCGAGCGCUACCGGCAGCGGUCGGAGGCUCGCGAGAAGGAGCUGAUUGAAUCGCUGCAGGAAGCGCGCAACAACGGCGCAACUUCCAACGGCGGCGAUAGUUUCAAACUGGACCAAAAGCGGGAAGAAAUGAAACGGUUGGAGAUGCAAAACUAUGAAUUUACGCUACAGCUGGAGGAAUGUAACAAGCAGCUCGAGCAGCUAAAAUCCUCCAACCUCGAGCAGCACCGGAAAUUGGAGAAUGUAAAGCAGGCCGUUUUGCAGCAUUUCCAAACAUUUUCCGGUGACUUUGCCCAGUCCGCGCUGGCAAACUCGUUGCGCAAGCUGUUGCUACUCUCGCCACAUGACGGAGAGCAGGAACAUGCAGCUCAUUCGAAUGGCUUCAACAACACAACGAUGGGACAAUCCGGCCACGAUGGAAACGGAAACGCUACCAUGCUCGACGGCAAUGCGACCCUGCUGGGGGAGGAAAAAACCAUCCAGGAGUUGGUAAAAAUUGUCGAGCAGCUGGAAGAAACCAUUCGCACGCUGGAGCAGGAAAAGCGUGCCCUGCAGGAAGCGAGCGAUGUGCAGCUGGCUGAGCUGAAAUCGAAGCUUGACGGUGGGCAAACGUCCAUCGAGCGGCUGGAGAAGGAGAUUGCCCAGUGGAGGGAAAAGUUUGCGGCACAAACGACCGAGUACGAUGAGCUGUCGACGCAGCUCAUGGACCAGAUGCAGGACAAUGAAGACCUUCGCAAGCAGUUCGAAGAGGCGAAGCAGUGCCAGACGGCACUGGCGAAUGAAAAGGACGUCCAGCGGCGGGAAGAGCUUGAACGUGAAAUGGGACCGUUGCGUGAAUCGCUCGAAAAAGCAAACGCCGAACGAGAAGCGCUGCAGCGUGUGUGUGACUCGCUGCGUGAAGAAGUCAGCGCGCUUAAAGCUUCCAUAGAGAGUCACGCUUCUCAGAUGGAGACGAUCGUUGCCGAGAAGAAAAAGCUGUCCGUGGAGCGAGAUGAAGUGAAGAUUCAUCUGGAAGAGGCCAUCACGAAGCAGAAAGAGACGUUGAAGGAGCUAGAAACCGUUCAGGCGGCAACACAAGCGGAAGUAGCGACAGUGAAUGAAGAAAUCGACCGAUUAAAACAAGAAAUUGUAAAGCUUGAAUCGUCGAUCGGUGAACAGCUUGUGGAAAAGGAGCUGCUCGGUACAGAAAAUAGUCGACUUUCGGCACAGUUGGUCCAGUUACAAAAGGAGCAACAGCUAGCGGGCGCAGCGAGUGAUCAAAAGGCGCGAGAAGAUUUGCAACGGUUGCAGCAGCUGAAGGAUGAAGCCGACGGGCGUGUUGUACAGCUCGAGAUAGAGCUUGAAGUGUUUAAAAACAAGCUGGAUGCUGCAGAGAGCGAACAAAACGAACGGUUACAACAGUGGGAAGCGGAAAAGCAAGGCAUGGUAAAGGAGAUCAGCGAGCUGCAGCUAAGAAUGGAAGAGCUGCAAGCCUCCCUGCACCAGUUGCGAGAGGAAAAGAACAGUCAGAACAAUUUGGUACAAAUUCAAACGGAAAAAGAAUCCGCUCUACAGGAGGAAUUGGCUGUUUUGCGUCAGAAGCAAGCAUCGGAGGAAGCACGCAUCCACGAACUGCAACAGAAGGUGUGUGAUUAUGAAGGAGAAAUUGCAGCACUGACUGAACGUGAGGCAAAACAAGGCGAAUCUUUCGAAAGCUCGCUAAAACAGGCACAGGAAGAAUUGGAUUGCGCAAAGAAAGCCCUCGCACAGCUGACCGAGGAAAAAGACGCAAUUGUGGCCGAGGAAGCAAAGGUUCGGGAAGAGCUGCUAAAAGCUGCACAAACCGUUGCUGAGCUUCAAAAACGCAUUGAAGAGGUAGAGCAGGAGCUGGAAUGCUCUCGAUCGGAACUGUCUGCGAUUGCUGGAAAGCAAAAGGAAGAACAGCAAAUCCAUGAAGAGGCUCGCAAGGAGAUAGAAAAGCAGCUAGAAAUGGCAAACACUGCGCUAGCCAAGAUAAAAGAAGACAAUAGUGAACUGUUAAAGCGACAGCAUGGAGAUCGCGAAGAUCAGGCGCAAUGUGUGCAAGCGUUGACGAAAUGCAAGGAAACGCUGGAACAACGAUUAGUUGAAAAGGAAGCGGAGCUUGCAACAAUCACGUCCGAUCUGGAGACGGCACGAGCAAAGUGUGUAACCUUGGCAGAAGAGCAAAAGACUGAGCACGAAUCGUACAACAGCGCGCGGCAGCAGCUCGACCAGGAGAUAGAACUGCUGAAGCAAAUGGUGGAACAAGUAAGCGCCGACAAGGCCACCAUCGAGCGAGAACAUUCCGAGUGCCACUCCCGACAACAGGCGCUUCAAGGUCAGCUCGAGGAGCGCGAGGUGGAAAUGCUGCGCUACAUAACCGAGCUGGAUGCACUCCGCGCGGAGCAGAUCCGGCUGGUGGAGCAGCAGAACGGGGUAAAGCGCGAGCUGGAAGCGAAGGCUGCCGCACUACAGCACGAGCUCGAUUCACUGCAGGGAAACGUGAGUCAGCUGAUGAACGAAAACGAGGCACUGCUUAGGGAGCAGCUUGAAGGGGAAAAGUGCCAGCAGGAACGGACCAGCGCCGAUGCGGAGGAGCUGCUCAAGCUGCGCUCCUGUCGCGACGAGUCGGAACGGUUGGUGACACAGCUGGAGCGCGAUCUGGCCACCGUGCGGGCCGAGCUGGAGAUGGUACGGACGGAGCUGCUGGAGGAGAAACGCCGACGGGAUGAGAUUGAGCAGACUGACAGGGAACGGUCGGAGGCGGUAAAAGAGGAAACGCAACGAUUGCGCCACGCUAUCACCGCCCUGGAGGAUGAGAAGCAACGGUUGCAGGAAGCAACAGACAGGCUGCGAGUGGAGCUGACGGAGAAAGAGCGCCACACGGCCGAACUGGAAGCGCUCCAGCAGCAAAAGGAAAGCGCACUGGACGAGAUGCGCAAGGAGAAUAGCGAUCUUACGAUCGCGGUGCAGGAACUUUCCGCCAAGAUCGUUAAUCUGGAGGAGCAGGUCGAUAGUAAUGAAGCAUCGCAGCGGAAAACGAUCGAUACGCUUGUGCAGGAGCGGCAGGAGCAAGAUGCUGCACUGGCUGCACUGAAACAGGCGCUCACGGUGGCGGAGGCGAAGCUGACGGACGUGGAAAAGCAACACGACCAAGUACGGGAUGAGCUGCGCGAGACGAAAGCAGCGCUGGAGGAGAGUCUAGCGGCACGGUUGCGUCUCGAGGCGGACAUCGAAGAAUCGUCCAGCGUACGGGACGUGCUGGAGCGCGAGCUGCGCGAUCUGAAGAGCGAUCUGGAGAGCCUCGAUCACAAGCUGGCGAACGAACGGUACGAACAGGAGCGUGCCGUAUCCGCCGGACUGCGCCGCGAGCUGGACGAGAAGCGCAAGGAGCUGGAGAGCUUCAUGGCCACCGGUCGGCCGUCGCUCGGUGAUGGGCGGGUGGUGCAGGCGCUGCGGCGUGAAAACGAGGAUCUGCUCAAGCAGCUGAAUGAGGUGCGCCAGCUAGACGGACUGCGGGCCCGGCAGCUGCAGGAACGGGUCGAUGAGCUGGAGCGGCUGGAGGGUGAAAUUGCGAAGCUGCGCGACGAAAUGUCCAGUAUGCGGCACGAGUCGAGCUUCAACGAGAAGGUGGAGGAAAUAUGCCACCUCCAAAAGCAGGUGCAGGACGCGGAGAAGGUGCGGGAGGAAACGGUGCACCAGAAGCGGUCGCUCGAGCGGGCGUUCGAUCAGCUGCGGUUCAAGCACCAGUCACUGGCGAAGGAGGUGGACGAGCUGCGCAAAACGACGGAUAAGGAGCGCAAGAAUCGUCGCCAGAGCACGCAUGACGAUCGGCGGGGGCUGCUGUUUAACAGCAAGGAAGUGUCCACCAUGACGGAUCCUACCUCUGCUGACUGUGCCUGCUCGGAGAUGAACGAAAAGAUCAAGGAAAUGCGCAACAAGCUUACGCUUAAGGACUGUCAGCUCAACACGCAGAAGCUCCUAUCGUCCGCCAAUCCGCUCAAGAACGAAAUCGCCGAAAUGCGUCGCAAACUGGAGGAGCAGCACCGCGAAAAGUCACAGAUCGAGCAGGAACUGCGCGAAGUGCUUGAGCAGCUGGACCAGGAGCGCAAGGAUCGCAAACGCCACUGUACCCAGUGUAUGCGGCACAGCCGGCAGCAGAAUGCGCGCUGCGAUAAGGCGGUCCAGGCGUACCAGCCGACCACCGACAGUCCCAGCACGACGACGGCCGUAUCCGUGUCGAUUGUGUCCACCGGCAGGAAUACUUCUGUGGCGGUGGGCGCUGGUGACGCAACAGGCAGCGCGGAGCUGACGGCACUGCAGAAACGCUGCGAGGAGCAGCAGGAGCAGUACGAACGGCUGAACGAAAAGUACCAAACGAUGAAGCACCUGUGCCGGAUACGGAAUGACAAGAUCAGCAGCCUGAGUGCGGGACUCGCGGAGAAGGAGAACGAAAGCACGAACGUGAACCGUACCGUACAGAAUGAAUGUAUCCAGCUGAAGCAACAGCUGAAGGAGGCCGAAAAUCGGUACGCCCAGAUCUACCACCAUGCCGUGCAAAUGAGGGGAAAAUCGGCCAACAAAGCGGACGUCGGUUUGCAGACGGAUAAUGACGCUACCCGUGAGGAAGCGGAAAUGUAUCGCGUCAAGUACGAACGCUACAAAGCACUGGCGGCUCGACUGAUAGACGAAGCUAAAGCAGCAAAAAUGAAUGGCCAACGGACAGCUGGCGGAGGAGGGGUUUAGUGCCUCUUUUUUCACUCAUUCCCUUAUCCCAAGGAAGGAAUGAUGAUGGCAAAGCUGGAAGACGCCGCAUCCCUUUUAAUAGUGUUAGUUUGUCUAGUCCCAUCCCGUAUAGAAGGUAAUUUGGCGAGAAAGUCUUCGCGCUACACACAUUCAAUGUGAACGGAGCAACACACACACACACACUCUGCAAUGUGGAGUCGUUUUCGUUGCUUAACUACACUUAAGCAAACCGUCCGCGCCUCCGUGAACCUCGGAACAUCCCGUACCGUUGCAUUUCCUUUAGCCCGUCUGUAGGUAAUGUCCGUUUGUUGUUUAGCGUUUAAGCUAGUUUUGUAGUAAACUUAGUUCGUUCUUUCUUUCUUUGCGCUAUUGCUGUUAAUCGUUCACACUUACAUAUUUUGUGGUAAUGUUCCACCGUUAAAGGGCAUGAACAUGUAAAUAUGAACCUGAUGUUGUUCGGUGUUCAUACAUCAAGUGUAUAUUCAGCUAUUCGUUAUGUUCCGUACUUAGUGCUGUCUAGUUGAACGCAAUAUUAACAGCGCUGUAGAGCGUUUAUUGCUUCGUUUGAAAGUGUGUACCCCAUAUUUAUAUUGUGUGUGCAUGUUGUUGUACCUUGGCUUACUCGGAACGGCACGAGGUAAAUAUUUAUUAAGCUAUCCCGAAACUACUGUGUGAAAUGUAAUAUCGUGAAUACAAACCGCCGACCGAGCUAGCAAAUCAAACAAGCACACAAGCAAGCAAUAAAUCCAACAACCAUUCUUUUUUUUUCUAUUAUACAUUCAAGCCCUUUCGCGACGCGUCAUUCUUGGAAUGUAUGAAAGAAAUGUGAUUAGACAAUUCUCUACAUAAGAAGAAUAUUCGUUUUAUCCGUAGAAAGUCUUGUCGCACAGACAGACACACAAAGCGUUUGGAAAUGGUAACUGUGUAUACAGAUGCCGUGCGUACAAUGCGGUUGGGCAAACGUUUUAAGGGAACUGAAUGUCUCUAAGACCUUGGAUUUAAUGUCUAAUUUUACGUGUGUUGUGCAAUGCUCCUGUACUGUUAGCAGGAGCCAAUCGUUUAUUCGCUUAAUUAGGACAAAAUUAAUAUUCCAAAACCAAAAAAAAUAAAUCGCUAAAAUCUUUCCAUUGGAUCUUUGCACGGUUAUGGUGACGAAAACAAGCGACAAAAAUCCUCAUUUUAAUGCAACCUUCAAGCGUAUUCUGCUUUGACGGUGAAGACACACACGCGCACGUAUCGCAGCGAUUUAUUUGUACAGCCGGUUCGGCCAGAAUUUGGUUCAUUUGGCUGGGAAAGGGAGCAGAAUGUGAUCUGUUUUCUUAAUCAUAUUUAGCUGGUCGUUUUAGUGGCCGCGCGGUUUAGUUCUGCUAUUGAUCGCUCCCGGUGUGGACUCGUUUGUUGCCUCUCUAACCGUCGACUCAUAACGCACUAAGCCAUGAAGCUGGUUGCCAUCAUCCUGCUCGUCGUGAGUCUGAUUUCUGUGGCGUUUGCGCAAACCACGCGCACCACCUGCAAACCAAUUACGCGCAAAUUGCGCACCACGACGGCCGCUCCAUAAACUACGGAAAGUGUCUCCCGUCCACGUGUUGACUGGCCAAGGCACUGAUGAUCGUCAUUGGAUGUAGCGUUAAUUGAGUUAGGAAUGAAUAAAACAAAAUAAGAAUGUGUGGGAACGUGUA